GCUGGGUUUAGACUCUCAAAGCAAUUGAGAUUCGAUCGGAGACUUCUGGAAACAGCGAUCUUUUUUACUAAUGAGGCAUUUCAUUAGGAAACUUUCAGUUUUUGAUAGAAGCUCAAUUAUCCGGAUUUUGAGUAUUGCGGCUGGAGGGUCCGGUCUAUUUUACGCCAACAACAAUGAAGCUACUGUGUCUGUGUCGCUUUCGGAGCCAUUGCGGGAAUCAUUGCCUCUGCCAUGGAAAAUAGGAGAAAGAAUGCCUCUUUGCCCUGCAUUUCUCAUUUCGGAUAAAUGGCAAUUUGGACUACUUCCAUUAUUUUCUGUUAGUGCUGGUUCAAUUCCAUCAUCUGAUGAAAACGAAGCUUCAGCCAUAUCCGAAAGUACCCCCAAACGAUGUCCCGGAUGCUUGGGCAGAGACUCUAUUGCGAAUGCAGGUGCUAGGGUGGGACCUGCUGUUGUCAACAUAUCCAUUCAUCAGGGUAUGUUUGGAAUUGGUGGUGGGAAGGGUAUAGGUUCUGGAACUAUUAUUGACAAGGAUGGUACCAUUUUAACUUGUGCUCAUGCUGUGGUCGAUUUUCACGGAGUGCGAGCUGCAUCAAAAGGAAAGGUGCAGCUUGAUCACCUCCUUUUCAGGGAGAGCUAA